UUUGUAAUACCUUUUCUGUCCAGGUGAGAAUUAACCGACCUCGAGCUCAUGUGAGAAGAGCUUAUUGUUUUCCAGUUCCGGUAAGAGUUAGGGUUCUGAAUCCCACCGUGCGAGAAUGUCUCAGAACGGGAAAUUGAUGCCCAAUCUCGAUCAACAAAGCACCAAAGUUCUUAAUCUCACGGUGCUUCAGAGGAUCGAUCCCUUCGUGGAAGAGAUUUUGAUUACUGCAGCUCAUGUCACCUUCUACGAAUUCAACAUUGAGCUCAAUCAAUGGAGUCGCAAGGAUGUUGAGGGAUCUCUCUUCGUCGUUAAAAGGAAUACUCAGCCUCGAUUUCAGUUUAUUGUAAUGAACAGGCGAAAUACGGAUAAUCUGGUGGAAAACCUCUUGGGGGAUUUUGAAUAUGAAGUCCAAGUUCCAUAUUUAUUGUAUCGGAAUGCAGCCCAAGAAGUUAAUGGUAUUUGGUUUUACAAUUCACGAGAAUGUGAAGAAGUUGCAAAUCUAUUCAGCAGGAUACUUAAUGCAUACUCCAAGGUUCCUUCAAAGCAAAAAGUAUCCUCUAAUAAAAGUGAGUUUGAGGAAUUGGAAGCAGUUCCAACGAUGGCCGUGAUGGAGGGCCCACUGGAGCCAUCAUCGUCAACUGCUGCUAGUGUUCCUGAUGAUUCUUCAUUCGUGAAUUUCUUUAGUGCGGCUAUGAACAUAGGGAACACUCCUGGUGGAGCAAUUUCAGGGCAACCUCACCAGUCUUCUGCAACAAUCCCUCUGUCUUCCCACACUCCUAGUGUUGUUCCUUCUCCUGUGCCAGCCCUACAAAUGCCAUCUGCUUUGCCAGCUUCAUCUACUCCUAUAAUGCCACUCCUUGAUACAACUGAAUCCAGUGGCAGUAACCGAGCUACUAAUCUUGUAAAGCCUUCUUCAUUUUUUACACCUCCUCCAUCCUCAUCUGCAUUGAUGCCACCUAUCUCAUCUAUGCCAACUGCUCCUCCUCUUCAUCCUCCUGUGAAUCUGCAGCGCCCAUAUGGUACUCCGCUGCUUCAACCCUUUCCACCACCCACUCCACCCCCAUCUCUUACUCCUGCACCUGCUCCUGCUCCAAACUAUGGCCCAGUUAUUAACAGAGACAAAGUCCGUGAUGCACUUCUGAGGCUGGUUCAGGACAAUCGUUUCAUUGACAUGGUAUAUCGGGAGAUAUUGAAUGCUCACUAUUCGUGAUCAAUUUGAGGCGGCAAUUCCAGCUGGGUUUGUGAAGUGUAGUAUGAUUGGUUAGAAGUGCCGUUUAAGACUGGUUCUGUAUAGAUUUUACUUUUGUUCGCUUUGGUAACACCAACACCCUUGUUUAUAUAAUCAUUUUAUUCAGUUUGUGAAGUGGAUAAAGAGAUAUUUGGUUACUAAUUUGUUGAUGCUU